CACUGAGGAGCAGCAUCAUAAAAGGCUACUGUUCACCAUGUGGAACUGUGACCAAAUCUCAAGGAGGAGUGAGCUGCUAGGGUGUAUGAGUUUUGGCGUGAGAUCCCUCAUGGACCCAGUGAAGGAGGUCAAAGGCUGGUAUUACCUACUGGGGGAGGAGCUGGGGAAGACCAAGCAUCUGAGAGUGUCCUCACAUUCCCAACUGCUCCAACAACACACCACCGAGGCUGCGUUGUCAAACCAUGGUGCUGCCCCCGAGACCACAAGACCUGAGAAUAUGCAAUGCUUAACGGUGACCAUCCUUCGAGGAAAGGACGGCUAUGGCUUCACCAUCUGCUCUGACUCCCCAGUGAGGGUUCAGGCUGUCGAUUCAGGCGGUCCGGCGGAUCAGGCAGGUCUGCAGCAGCUGGACACUGUGCUGCAGCUCAAUGGUCAGCCUGUAGAACAGUGGAAAUGUGUGGAGGUCGCCCACGCCAUCAGAAACAGCUCCAAUGAGAUCAAGGUGGUGGUGUGGCGCACUGGGCCUGCCGCCAAGCCCAGUUUCGAGGGCCUCAUCCACCGGCCCUCCUACAAGCCCUCAUCCUCCUCCAACUAUGAUGCCCCCUCGCCCCCCACCAGGCGGCGGGACAGGUCCAAGGACCGGCUAGACCGGGACAUGUCCCCCCCGGCCGUGCCCCCCCUCCCUGCCCACCACAGGACCAGCCGCCGGGUGCUGGUCAACGGCUCUGAGGGGGCUGGCGGGGGAGGGUUAGGAUGGGUAGGGGUAGGGGGGGCGUGGGGGGAGAGGGGGCGCGUAGGAAGGGGGGCAGAGGAGGUGGAUGGUAAAGUCAGGAGCCAGACCCAUAGCCAGAGCCACACAGCCACGCUGAAGGGGACUAGAGUGAAGGCGUCCAACGGGGAUAACUACAUCAUCCUGGCCCCCAUCAACCCAGGAAGCCAGGUACUGGUGGGGGAGCAGAGGCUCAUGGUCCAUCCCAGGCUCCUGCCCUACCCCCUCGAUGGCACUAUCCAGACCCUGACAUACACUGAAGAUACAGUGCUGUGA